GGAGGUGGCACACCCGUCGGGAGCCACAUUAGAAAUGGAGCAGCCAUUCCUGUUAGAUGAUGAAGAACAAGAUCCAGAACCACAGCAGAGUUCACAAGAACCCAUCCAAGUUCAUGAUGCUGAUGCCGAUGCCGACGAAGAUGCCGAGCUGAUCUUCGUAGGGGUGGAGAACGUGAAAGAAGACGCCGAGCUGAUCUUUGUGGGAGUAACUUCAACUUCCCAACCAGCCAACUCGAACAUUCUAAACAGAGUCACCCCAGGUUCACGGUUAAAAAGAAAGCAUAGCCGGCUUAGAGAGGCCACGACUCCAAGAUUGCAGCCCUCACGACCUGCCGCCCCCACAUCAGAGGCAGUGAUUGUCUUGCCGGCGUCUCCAGUUGAAUCAAGAUCAACAGAUAGUCCUAUUAUUAUUGAGCCUUUGUCCGAGUCUGAUGAUAAAAGUAAUUCACCACAAGCUGUGCCUAGUAACUCUUCAAAGUGUUGCUCACCUCUGGUUACACUCUCAAGUUCAGAGAAUAGUCCGGCGAAGGCAGCGCUUUCAGGAGGAGGUUUGAAUGAAAGUUUGUAUGUACCGAAGUGCCAUUUUUCCAUAAAUCCACAGAGGCCUGAACGUAGUAUUGAGAUUGUAGAAGACUUGUCUUCAGCUUUGCCCCCUUCAGGUACCUUGCAUACCUCGAGUGCGCAACAGAGGACACCUUCCUUUGAUGCUCCCAACUCACUGAACCGUUUUGUGAAUGGGGCACCUCUUUCAGAGGGCUCUGUCCACCCUCGCCAGGACAGUGGAUUGAUGGAAGUGGACUUUUCAAAUCCUGCAAGUCAAGAGACUUUUGAUCCCAAGAAAGGAAGUUUGACCCUGUUACUUAGUGACUUUUAUUAUGGACAGUAUAAAGGGGAUGGGAAGCCAGAGCAGAAGACUCACACAACCUUUAAAUGUCCCAGCUGCUCGAAAGCUCUAAAAAAUGUUAAAUUUAUGAACCAUACCAAGCAUCAUUUGGAGCUCGAGAGGCAGGGCAGUGAUGACGCCUGGGAGAGCCACACCACCUGUCUCCGCUGCCACUGCCAGUUUGCUUCCCCUUUCCAGCUGGAGUGCCACAUCGACCGUGUGCACACGGCACCAGACCCUUCUGUGGUCUGCAAAAUCUGUGAAUUGUCAUUUGAGACAGAGCAAGCCCUCUUACAGCACAUGAAAGAUAAUCAUAAGCCUGGGGAAAUGCCCUAUGUGUGCCAGGUCUGUAAGUACAGGUCCUCUGUCUUCGCGGAUGUGGAAACACAUUUUACAAAGUGCCACGUAAACACUAAGAACCUGCUUUGUCCAUUUUGUCUUAAGAUCUUCAAAACUGGGAUGCCGUACAUGUGCCAUUACAGGGGCCACUGGGAAAGGAUCGGCCACCAGUGCUCCAAGUGCCGGCUGCAGUUUUUAACCUUCAAGGAGAAAAUGGAGCAUAAGACCCAGUGCCACCAGAUGUUUCAGAAGCCUAAGCAGCUGGAAGGGUUGCCUCCUGAGACGAAGGUCGUGAUCCAGGUGUCAGUGAAGCCUGUUGAGUCGGAUUCUGUGAAAGUAGCCUCAAUCACUGUGAGCACAACUGACUGGGAGCCAUCCUACCCCAGAUCUCAAGGCAGACUCUCAAAAAAGUCCCGUUAAUUCUAAUCUAAGUCCCAAUCCAAACCCUUCAGAGAGACGGGAGUACAAACCCAUACAUCGGUUAAUCACUGGUGCCCAAGAUGCUGAACUGAUGAACAGAUCUUUUUCCCUUGAUUUGGAGAUAAUGCAGGGUUUUGUCUGUUUUCUGAGGGUGUCUUUUGUUCUUAUUUGGCGCUGGAGUUGGAUCCAAGGCUUCACACACAAUAAGCAAGCUCCAUCACCCCAGUCCCCAGCUACAGCAUUUUCUGAGUGAACAGUGAGUGUUAUUUAAAAUACAUCU